CUAUUGCAUUGCUGAUUUCAUUGGUAACUCUUUCAAGAGGUAUUCAAUGGUUUACUCGAGAACCUCCACGUGUGCUCUACGUGUCCAGUGGAGGUACAGCGAGACUUGUGUGGGAUUACAAUGUCAGAAAUAGAACUGUAAUGUUUGAUCCAUAUUCACCAGAAUGGGCUCUGUAUAAUACAAUUGGAUUUAGAAUAGUUAUAGGCGUCGAGGAUGSUUACAAUGGAUGGAAGUUCGUUAUUCUCAAAAGCUGCCCCACAAGACUGAGUGGUCGAGUCAGUAAAGAGUCCACAGCUACUCUUGUCAUCUCUAAUGUCACAAAAGCUGAUGAACGGCUAUAUGAAUGCAGUCUGCUGUUAUUAGUGGGAUCACCAAUAAGAAGUAAAGUACAACUGGUUGUUACAGAACGUCCCCGCUUUACUACUCCUGUCAAUAUAUCUACGUCUAUCAAUGAGGGAUCAAGUCUGUGCAUCCGAUGUUUAGCAGCUGCAGAUCCUAUGCCCUACAUAACGUGGGUACAAAUUAUAAAGAACCCAAAAAUUAUCAGUGAAGGAGUUGGUGAAGCAUUUCUCAGAUUCGACAACAUCACGAGACACCAACUUGGAACAUAUGAGUGUCAGGCUAAGAAUAAUCCAAACGAGGAUAGUAGUAUAGGGGUUGGGGGUCCCAACUCACACACCACCCCGAAAUAACCCGCCUUAAAAGCAUACGCCCCGGUUUCAUUCGGGUUUUGAGAGCAACGUGGCCCGGGGUUAUUCCACCAAGAGAUUACGGGAUCUUCCCGCUAUCCACGACCCAUUUGAGACCGUGAAUA